UCAGUUCCUUAUGAUACUGUUUGCAACUCUCAUUCUAGGGUGGUGCCUAAGGUUUACCAGCACAUCGUGUCCUUGGCAUUUGCAGUCAAGGAGAUCAACGAAGACCCUCACAUCCUACCCAAUAUCACCUUGGGCUUUCACUUAUAUGACAGCUAUUCCAAUGCAAGGAGCACAUAUCUUGCCACACUGCUCAUUUAUGGCUCUGCUCCGGUGAUGAAUGAUAAAAGCCCAGGGCUUCCCUUCUACCAGAUGGCAGCCUCAGAAGCCCUUCAGUAUGAGGGAAUUCUCUCUUUGCUUCUGCAUUUCAGGUGGACGUGGAUUGGAGUCAUUGCAACAGACAAUGACAAUGGAGAAAGAUUUGUGCAAACCAUUUCCCCAAUGUUUACCAAGAGUGGUGUCUGCUUUGCAUUCCUAGGAAGGAUCCCCAAUUUUAGUUUUAUUUCUGAAGUUGAUGACAUGCUACGUCAGGGGGCAAUAAUAAGCCAGAAAAUUUUUAGUAGCAAAGCUAAUGUAGUGGUUGCCUCUGGAGAAUCUUAUUCCAUGGCAACUUUUAGAUGGCUUCCAUACAUUUCAGAACAUGAUGACAUAAAAAAUAAUGUAAAAAGUAAAGUAUGGAUAAUAACAGCCCAGGUUGAGUUCGCUUCAUUUGUCUUUCAAAGGUACUGGGAUUCGGGAAUAUUCAGUGGCGCUAUAGCCUUUGAAAUUCACUUUAGAAACCCACCAGGAUUUUAUCAGUAUGUUCUGCACAGAAACCCUUCCAGCACAGAUGGGGACGGUUUUAUCAGGGACUUCUGGCAACAGACCUUUGAAUGUGUAUUCCCAGAUAUCACUGCAGACAAGGUGGAGGGGAAUAUUUGCACCGGAGAAGAGAAGCUGGAGAGCCUUCCUGGAUCCCUUUUUGAAAUGAGCAUGACAGGCCACAGUUAUAGCAUCCAUAGUGCUGUCUACGCCAUGGCCCAUGCCUUACAUGCCAUGUCCACAUCCAGACUCAGGCACAGAGGAAUGGUGUACAGAGGGAGAGGGAAGAAUCCAAAUCCACAGUUUUGGCAGGUAAAGGCUGAACAUCCUCAACUGGCAAAACCCAAAAUUUAUAAUUCUGCAGACAGAGUUGGUGAUAUUGUGCUGCUUGCAAUUGGCAGUAGACCCUAUAGGGAAGUGAAAUGA